CAGUCGACUCUAGGGCUGAAUUAUAACUGCUACGGGCUCACAGGUUUCUUAAACCUCUGGCCUCCGGUUAUUGACAUUUCCCCUUUUUAUUCCCCUUUAAUUUCCUUUUUAAUUCCCCCUUUAAUUUUCAUUUUAAUCCCCCUUUUAAUUUCUUCAAUUUCCCCUUUAAUUCCCCCUUUAAUUUUCAUUUUAAUUUCCCCUUCAAUUUCCCAUUUAAUUUCCCCUUUAAUUCCCAUUUUAAUUCCCCCUUCAAUUUCUUCAAUUCCCCCUUUAAUUUUCAUUUUAAUCCCCCCUUCAAUUUCUUCAAUUUCCCCUUUAAUUCUCCGCCUCGGAACAGGCUGAGGGGCCGGGAGAGAACUCCCCCCUGCUUCCAGAAUGAAGAAGAUUUUUGAUUUCGGCAAGCAAGAGCAGUUUCCACCUUGCCCUCCCCGCAAUCUGCCGAAUUUCUUUGGGGUCCAAACAUCCAACUACAUCCCAGGAUACGUGAUCCAGAGCAAGGACCUCCGGAAGAUCCACAAAGCUGCUUUGUUAGGGGAUGCGGCCAAAGUGCAGCAGCUGCUGCUGCUCGGAAAAAACAAUGUAAACGAUGUAGAUAGAGAGAAGCGAACAUGUCUUCAUCUGGCCUGUGCGAAUGGACAACCAAAUGUUGUGUCUCUCUUAAUAGAGAGAAAAUGUAACUUGAAUUUGUUGGACGGAGACAGUCGAACACCUUUCAUGAAGGCAAUACAGUGUGAGGAGGUGGAGUGUGCAACUCUUUUGCUUGAACAUGGUGCAGACCCUAAUAUUGGGGAUGGCAACAACAAUGCUCUUCACUAUGUUGCCUUUUUUCAGAACGUAGACAUGACGGCAAAACUGCUUCACUAUAAAGCUGAUAUUGAUGCAAAAAACAAGGAAGGCCUUACACCACUUUUUUUUGCAAUUAGAGCAAAGAAAUUUGAUAUAGCAGAAUUUCUUCUAAAAAAUGGAGCAAAUGUUAAUGCCUUAGAUGGCUAUAAAAGAACAACCCUUAUGGUUGCUGUCAGUAUGCAGUUCACAGAAAUGGUCAGUCUUCUUCUUGAAUAUAAUGUUGAUCACACUAUCAAAGAUGAACUUGGACGGUCAGCUGAGAAGUAUGCUAGGACUUAUAAUUAUCCUCUACAUGCUUAUGUCAAACAAAUUGAAAAACAUAUGGAACGUAAUAAACCCUGUACAUCCCAAAUCAGCUGUUCAAAGGAAGCUACUGUUGUUCCUGGGUUUGUUUUGAAAGCAUAUUCUCUGAACAAAAAAGGUAGAACUCACCAAUACAAAUAA